UCCGCUUAGCGUACAGCCUCAGGGUGCUGGACUUGGGGUGAAACCCGAGAAGAAACAAUAGACGUUCGUCUUUUAUAUAUGCUAUAUAUAUAUAUAUAUAUAUAUAUACACACACACACACACGUACACCUGGGAAACGAAAGCUGCUCACUCACAGCAGCGCCAUUGAUGGUAAUGGGGACAUUUGCUUCUCUACACCUUCAGAAGUCCACUAUCAUCUCUUUUGUCUUUGUGACGUUAAGGAUGAGAUGAUUCUUUUCGCACCUUGUAAGCUGCCUCAUCACCUUUGGUGAUAAGACCCAUCACUGUUGUGUUGUCCACAAAACCUGAAACAAUGAAAUUGGAGUUGUUAGUGGCCGUGCAGUUGUGGUGUAGCGUGAGUACAGGAGAGGGCCCAGUACACACCCCUGUGGAGCACCAGUUUUCAUUAUGACUGGGGAUAAGGUGAUGCUGCCCAGUCUGACCACCUGGUGUCUGUCAGACAGGAAGUUAAGGAUCCAGCUGCAGAGAGAGCUGCUCAAUCCUAGAUCCUGCAGUUUCAUGUCCACCCUUUAGGGAACAAUGGUAUCCUUACUGGAUAAUAAUUAACACACUCUAUGAAUGGAAAGAGUUGUAGAUGUUGUAGUUGUAGAUGAAUCUGAAACCAAUUUGGGCCAGCUGAAAAAUUCUGUGAUAAUUCCAUUAUGAUUUAAAUUCUAAGACUAGUAUAGAAAGUGAAUUCCCAUCAAUUUCCAUCUCUACAUCUAUUCAAAAACAACCUUGACCUUUUCAGUAACGUGAAAUUUUGUGGUUUCUGUAAUAUCAUGAUAUUUUAUCUCGCAUUAAACUUUACUCCCCUAAGCUUUAAUAUUAUAUCAAACUCACCAGGUAGAUGUGUCAAUUAAACAGUGUUUACUGUCUAAUGGACACGUUUUGUUAACAAAAUAAUUAUAUAUUGCUGCCUUAUUGGGUUCUAUAUCUGUCACUUUUGCAUUUAGCAUGUUUUUGUUUUUUGUUUUUGUUCUCCAGGUUUCUGCUCCAGGAUUUUUGUUUGACAGUGACAGCAUCUAUUUUUACAUUUUCAGCAUAGAGACAUUACACUGAUAAUCACUGGAAUGAUGGGAGUUCCUGCAUCCUGUGUGGUGGUGCUAACAUUCAUUCUUUACAGCCACAGUUUGAAAAUACAAAGUACUCUGCAUGUGUCUAAAAGUUCUCAGGAAAAUGUUCUGAAUCCCAGUAAAUGUGUGUCCAGGACUAAUCAGCAGCAGAUAAUAGCAAAUCCAUACAACUUCUCUGUGGAUCUUCGCAUGCCUGGUGUUAUCCCAACUGGGUCGGACACUUACCUUUGCAUGGCAUUUCCAGUUCCAACUAGGCAAGAUGCAUAUAUUGUGGACUUCAUACCUCUUGCCAGUAUGGAUACAGUCCAUCACAUGCUGCUGUUUGGCUGUCAGACCCCUGUGUCCACCAACAGCUUUUGGGACUGUGGCAGUGUGCAAGGCACUUGUGAGGAUGAAGCAGCAAUUAUGUAUGCCUGGGCUCGAAAUGCACCACCUACCAAAUUACCCAAAGAUGUUGGCUUUAAAGUUGGAAGAAGUUCAGGAAUGUCCUACUUUGUACUGCAGAUUCAUUACGGAGAUAUUAGUGCUUUCAAAGAUCACCAUAGAGAUUGCUCAGGACUUACUUUAAGAAUGACUUCUAGGCCGCAGCCAUUCAUUGCUGGCAUAUAUUUGCUCAUGUCUGUGGACACAGUUAUCCUUCCAGGACAAAGAGUUACAGAUGCAGAUGUCGCAUGCGAUUAUACUUCAUAUCCAAUCUACCCAUUUGCCUUCAGGACCCACACACACCGCCUUGGUAAAGUGGUCAGUGGCUACAGAAUCCGAGAUGGGAAGUGGACCCUGAUUGGGAGACAAUCCCCUCAGCUACCACAGGCUUUCUAUCCUGCUAACAAGCAGGUGACUGUGAAAUAUGGUGAUACCCUUGCUGCCAGAUGUGUGUUCACUGGUGAGGGUAAAACCUCAAAAACUUACAUUGGCGGUACUUCUGAUGAUGAAAUGUGCAACUUCUAUAUAAUGUAUUACAUGGAAAGCAGACAUGCUAUCCCUUACAUGAACUGCAUGGAGAUGGGUUCUGAAGAGCUGUUCCAACAUAUUCCCCCUGAGGCAAAUGUACCCAUUAAUGUCAGUCCAAGCCAUAUGAAUUCUGUGAUGCAUCUGGGACAAUCCACAGAUGAUCGUGACUACGCAGUUGUGCUGGAUACAAAUAAACUAGAAACUGUGGAUCAGGACUACCAUUUUGAGCAAGUUUCAGCUUGGCCACAGAGUUCACUUCAGCUAGGACAGGUGUCAGGACUUGCUCUUGACUCAGAUUCUAACUUGGUCAUUUUUCACAGAGGUGACCACCACUGGGGAGCAGACUCUUUUAACAAUCAGGCAAGAUACCAGCAGAGGUCCCUAGGACCAAUUCAGCAGUCUGCCAUUUUAGUUGUGGAUCCAUCCAAGGGCAGUAUCUUGAAGGCUUCUGGCAGAAACAUGUUUUUUUUGCCUCAUGGAAUAACAGCAGACAAAGAGAAUAAUUACUGGGUGACUGAUGUGGCUCUUCAUCAGGUGUUAAAAGUUAGCAGUGAUGGCAAAGACAAAACCUUGAUGGCAUUAGGAGAGGCCUUUAUACCAGGGAGUGACAACAACCAUUUCUGCCAGCCCACUGAUGUGGCAGUUGACACUGAAAGUGGGAACAUCUUUGUCUCUGAUGGUUACUGUAAUGCCAGGAUAAUUAAGUUCUCUGCUGAUGGCAAAUACCUGUCUGAGUGGGGUGCAGGCUCAUCAGACAGGAGAAGGCGAAUACCUUUUCAUAUUCCCCACAGCCUGGUGUUACUUCCUGAUAAAAAGGAAAUUUGUGUGGCAGAUAGAGAGAAUGGACGCAUCCAGUGCUUUAUAGCAGAAACUGGAGAGUUUGUCAAGGAAAUUAAAAAAGAUGAAUUUGGAGGGGAAGUGUUUGCUAUCUCCUACAGCCCUACUGGGGAUGGCUUGAUUUUUGCAGUAAAUGGGGAAUCGCUAUCUCGUCCAGUUCCAAUUAGAGGUUUUGUUAUAGAUUAUUCAACCAAGGAUAUUUUGGACACCUUUAGCCCUAACAAAAAGGAGUUCAAAAUGCCUCACGAUAUAGCUGAAACUAGGGAUGGCAGUGUUUUUGUUGGGGAUGCCAGCAGCAAAUCCGUCUACAAGUUUACAACAGAGAAGUUGCAUCAUUCUGUCAAGAAAGCUGGAAUUGAAGUUCAAGAACUUGAAGGUCAGUAAUUGGAUACCUGGAGGCAGCAGGUACAUAAUCUUUGAAUCCAUAAGGGGCAGGCAGCUAUUCAUAACAGUGAGUCACAGACAUUUAAGAUGUGACGUCUAGUGAUGCCUGAUGGAAUAAAUAGUGAUUUGAAAAGAAAAUGGUUUUAAAUUAAAAGUUUCCUAACUUUGAGGCAACCACUUAAAUUGAGACCUAAUGAGAUCAAAGGAAAAUGUUGACUGACACUUUUGGCAUAGGAAACUGGAAUGUGUACUAGCAACCAAUGCAAGCAAUGUGCAACGAGUGAAUCAUAUCACUCGCUCACAUAUCACAAUCAUAGUGUAUAGAUGGCACUUAAGGGGGGUGGCUGUAAGCUCAGGUGGUUGAGCAGGUCACCGACUAACCUGAAGGUUGGUGGUUCAAUCCUAGUCUGCUCCAGUCUGCAUGCCAAAUAUCCUUUGGCAAGAUAUUAACCCCAGGUUGCUCUCUCUUUGAGUGGAGCUCAGAGUAGAAAAGCACUAUAUACGAACCAAUCCAUCUGCAUUGCCUUAGCGCAAAGGAUAAUGUCUUCUAAGGUAUAUAAUCUCAUUUAUUCAUCCAUCCAUCCAUCCAUCCAUUCGCUUCCACUUAUCCUUUUUAG